AUGUCUUUCUUUCUGUUUCGCUUUCUUGUUCGCUUUGCUUCUUCAUUAUUUUCUUUCUUUUUAAUAUUGAUUUUUUUUUUCUUUUUUCUUUUCCGUCUCCUUUCUUUCUUUCCAAAUUCCAUUAUUUCUUUCUUUUAUCCAUUUGUUCAUUUAUUGCUUAUAAUGUCCCUUGACCUCGUUCUUUUUCUUUCAUUUCAUUGUUUUCACUACGUUUUUUCAUCUCUUUUUGUCUUGUUCAUUUUUCUUUCUAGUUUUCCGUUAUCGUCUGCUUUCUUGCUUUACUUCCGACUUUCAUUAUUUAUUUAUUUAUUUAUGAAGUUUAUUCUUUCCUUAGUUUUAACUUUACUUAUAUAUUUUAUGUAUUUUUCCAUUGCUUUCCUUUUUUUUUCCUUCCUGUCUUUUUAUCAUGUUUGUUUUUCUCUCUCUUUUUUUUCUUUGGGGUUUGCUUUUUUCUUUCUUUAUCUUUUGCAUUUUUCUUUUGCUUUUCUUCAUCUUUCUUUACUUCCAUGUUUUCUCUACCUUUCUUUCUUUAAUUUUAUCUUGUUUUUUUUUGUUUUUUUUAAUAAUUUUUUUUCGUUUUCUUUUUGUCUGAGCGUCUUUCUAUUCUCAUUUUCCUUCUUUUUUUUUCAAUAUUUUCUCUUUCUUUUCUUCAUUUCUUUAUUUUCUUAUCUUCCCAAGCCUCGUCACUUUACCUCCCCACCCACGUCAAAUUUGAACUUUCUCCUCCACAUUUAG